CUGUGCAGCUUCACUUCAGGUUUCAGAACGAUAUCCAGCAGUCUGCGCUGACGAUCCACCUCUUCUUCGUACUGGACGAUGGUUUUUUCAAAGACUGUGAAUAUUUCUUCAGCAGCAGCAGUUAGUCGCUCACUGAUCAACUCUCUCAAAUACUGAACCGAAGACAUCGCUGCUCCGUCAACUACUUGAAGAUUCACCCGAGACACGAACACACUACCGCCUUCCGGCGAACUGCUAACACUGAGCUAACGCUGCUAGCGCCGUCUGUUUACUUCCGGUGGGUGUCACACUGCGAAGGUCCUGAAGAACAACGUCCUUUUAAGUCGUUGUCGCGGUCGUGUCGCAGGUUUACGUUCAAGUUGUCCACGAAGCAGCGAUGUCUUCGGAGGAAGAGGACGAUCGUCAGCGCAGACUUCUGGGUAUCUUCAUGAGAGCUGAGAUCAAGCUUCAUAGAAUCGAGCUCCCACAGCAGCAUGUCUGUAAAGAGGAGGAGGUUCUCACUGACCAGCAGCUCUGUAACCAGGAGAGGAACUCCGGUCUGGAGCAAGAGGAACCAAAACCUUUGCAGAUUAAAGAGGAACCAGAGGAAAUCUGGAUUGGUCAAGAGGGAGAGCAGCUCGUACUGAAGCAGGAGACUGAAACCUUCAUGUUGACUCCUUAUUAUGAGGGACUCUACCACAGUGAGCACCAGCUCCUCUCUCACAACUCUAAUGUGGCUGAGAGUCAAGAUCAGAACAGAAGAAACCUUAUGGAUUUAGGAUCAACAAUAAAUGACUCAGAGAUUGACUCUAAUACUCACACAGGUGAAAAGUCUUUCAAAUGUGACACUUGUGGAAAAGCUUAUGUGUAUGAGUAUCAAUUGAAAAUACAUCUGAGAGUCCACACAGGUGAAAAACCAUAUUUAUGCAUAAUAUGUGGAAAAGCAUACAUUACUGUGUUCAGUUUAAAAAGGCAUAUGACAAGUCACACAGGCGAGAAGCCAUUUUCUUGCAAAAUAUGUGGGAAAUGUUUUGGGCGCAGUGGCGUCUUGAAAGUACACAUGAGGAGUCACACAGGUGAGAGGCCAUAUUCUUGCGAAAGUUGUGGGAAGAGUUUCAGUGACAUUUCAGCAUUGAAUAAACAUAUGAGUGUGCACACAGGUGAAAAGCCGUUCUCUUGUGAAACAUGUGGGAAAUGUUUUGUAAGUAAAGGCGUUUUGAAAGUACACAUGAGAACUCACACAGGUGACAAGCCGUACUCCUGCAGCUUCUGUGGGAAAACAUUUAGAGAGAAGUCAGGUUUGAAAAAACACAUAAGCAUGCACACAGGUGAGCAGCCAUUCUCUUGUGAAACAUGUGGGAAAGGUUUUGUAUGCGCUAAUGAUUUGAAGGUCCACAUCAGAACUCACACAGGUGAGAAGCCGUUCCCCUGCAGCACAUGCGGGAAAAGAUUUCGUGAGAAGUCAGGUUUGAAAAAACAUAUGAGCGUACACACAGGAGAGAAGCCGUUUUCUUGUGAAACAUGUGGAAAAAGUUAUGCACGUAGUAGCAUCUUGAAAGUCCACAUGAGAUCUCACACAGGUGAGAAGCCGUACUCCUGCAACACUUGUGGGAAAAGAUUCUAUCAGUUGUCAGACAUGAAAAAGCAUUUAAGAGUUCAUACAGAUUAAAAGUUGUGUAUUUACAUGUGAGAGAGUUUUCUGUCUUUGUGAUUUGAUGGUCCACAGUUCACACGGCAACACCUUGGGGUAAAGAUAUUUUGAAGUGACACAUAUCGAUAAUAUUAGAGGAGAUCACAAAGAUCAGAGACUCGACCUUUAACGAGCCAAAACUGUUUGAUUUAAAUUUGCACCCAUUCCCUUUGAAGUAAUCACUUUUUGCAACAAAACACUUUGAAAUGCUCCCUAGAACCCCCCCAAAAUUAAAAUUCUUGGAAAGAUAUUUCUAUCAAAUGUAUAUUUCUUGAAGGGCGGGGUAUAGCUCACCUGGUACAGGUGGAUUUCUUGAAUGAUUUUUAUUUUACUAUUUCCCAAUCUCAAUUAUAUGACGUCAUAUAAAGUUUGUGAUAUUGAAGAUGUUAAUUAAUGUAUAAAGUCUGUGAUAUUGAAGAUGAUACAUUUAUACAUUUGAGAUAUUGAAGAUGGUAAAUUAUGUGGUACUGUGGGUUCAUCCUGUCAGUUAGUGUAUUUUUUGACAACAUCAAAUUGAUCCAAUUUUGAUCAUUUCAGGCUUCUAAUGUAAAACAUUUAAGUUGUAGAUGUUCUUUGUGGCCUAUAUGAAAUAUACCAUAUGAAUAAAGUUGAAUUUUGUCAGAAUAUCUCUCUCAAUGAUGGUUCAUCAAACUGAUGUUCACAAAUUGAUGGAUUGAAUAAAGAGGGUAAUU